GCAAGUUAACAAACACCUGCAAAAUAAAGCAACAACAACGAAACAAAUUAUAUUAAAUUUUCAUGCAAAGGGAUCCCAAGAUAUAUGAAUAUUCGUUUAAGAUAUUCAGUAUAAUAAAUUAAAAUAAAACUUUAAAUUGCUUUUUUUUUAUAAAAAUGAAUGUGGCAAGUUUAAAGUUGUACAUAAAAAAGAAUGGACAUCAUUUUGCGACAUUUUCUGGAAUAUUCUGCAUGGUUUUAUCACUAUGGAUGAUAAUGUCGUUCAACAGCAAGCACGACCGGAAGUACUCGGAGAUUUUGAAGGAACUUUCAACCUUUGAAAAAAGCGUCGUUCCUAUGAACAUGGACAUCCUAGCCGAAAAAAUGGAGGGACUGACAAUCAAUGAGAGAAUGAAAAGGGCAGAUAACGAAAGUAUUGAAGAGAAAGUUAUAGAAAAAGUAAAAGUCGCUCAACGUGUUAUUAGUGAAGGAGCUAUGUACGUAAGGUGGGGCCGAAAAACAUGUUCGGGUCAAGCGACUGAACUGGUUUACUCCGGGAUCGCAGCUGGAUCUUGGCACGGACAUUAUGGGGCAGCUACCAAUCACCAAUGUCUGCCGAAAAUCCCGGUUUGGGGCCGUUAUACCGAUAAAGCAGGAAGUGCAUUUAUCUAUGGAAUGGAAUAUAACGAGGCAUUUACUAACAUUGUUGACAUGGCAUUUGCUAAAGGAAAAACGCUUCUUAAUCAAAACGUUCCGUGUGCCGUUUGCCGCAGCAAGAAAAGGUCAACGUCUCUAAUGAUCCCUGGAAGGAACGAGUGCUACACCGGUUGGCGUCUAGAAUACCAUGGUUACCUCAUGGCUGGACAUCACGGGUCAGCUUCCGGUACCAGUUACCUAUGCGUUGACAACGCUCCGGAAGUUGAGGUAGCUGGCUUCAGAGACGAAGACGGGUCAUGGCUUUACAGAGUUACUGGACAGUGCGGCACCCUGACCUGUCCGAAAUACGUGAAAAACCGAGAAAUCUCUUGUGUUGUUUGUACAAAAUAAAGUAUAAUGAUAGAACUUGCAAAAAAUAUUUUACAUUUGUUAAGUGACAAAUAAUAAUUCACAUUAAAUGGAGUAUCAGUUUUGGUACUAAA